GCAGGGCUGUUAGACUAUGUCGGCAGAGAGAGAGAGAAGAAGCGGACCGCCGAGAUCUGCAGCUAAACAGCUGCCCAUGACCAGCCAACACAUGGAGAGCUUGGGGCAAUUCAAGAUCAUUGUCUGGGAAGAAGAAAACUUCCAGGGGAAGCGCUCUGAGUUCCUGAUGGAGUGCCCCAAUGUCAUGGAACGUGGUUUCCGCAAGAUCUGCUCCAUCAAGGUGGAAGGCGGCCCCUGGGUGGGCUUUGAGUACCCUGAAUAUCAAGGACAGCAGUUCAUCUUGGAGAAGGGUGACUAUCCUCACUGGGAGGCCUGGUGUGGAAACAGCAGCCACAGGGCGGAGCACCUACUCUCCUUCCGGACUAUCAGAUGUGCGAACCAUAAUGACAGCAAAGUGACCUUAUAUGAGGCAGAGAACUUCCAAGGAUACAAGUUUGAGCUGAGUGAUGACUAUCCAUCACUGCAAGCCAUGGGCUGGGGCAGCAAGGAAGUAGCCUCCAUCAGAGUCCACUCCGGAGCGUGGGUGGCCUAUCAAUAUCCAGGCUACCGAGGCUACCAAUAUAUCCUGGAACGGGACAGACAGAAUGGUGAAUUCCGGAAGUACAGCGAAUAUAGCACCCAAGCCCAUACCAGCCAGAUCCAGUCCAUCCGCCGUAUUCAGCAUUGAGCCAAGUCUUAGCAGCAGCACCAGUAGUAUUCCCUCUCCUGUGCAACCCCCACCCUCACUUUGGCCAAGUAGUAGACCUGCACCCAGUAGUUAAUAAAGGCAUUUACCAAA